AUGACCAAGCUCCAUUUUCAUUCUUUACUUAUGAAGACCAUAGCCUGUUUUCUCUCCUUCACCACCAUCAUCAACCUCUCCUCGUCCGCUCGAAUCUUCGAAAACCCGACUCGAAACCACCAUUAUCGUCAUCACAAGCUUUCAUUUUUAAUGAGAGAUGUACUCAAUUCAACAACUCAUCACUACUCUUCAUCCAAAUCACCUACCAACAAAGCAACAACUAGUGGUCAAUUACCAUUUUCAAAACCCUUAGGUUUUUUCCCUCCCAAUGGAGGUAUCCCUAUACCUGAAACCUACACCACCACUGGAUCAUUCUCUUCUCAAACACCUGAUAUUUCAUCAAUUGGAAUAUCGUUUCCUGCAAGGACAACUCUCCAAGAGUUAGACUAUGGAAUGGUGAAAGGGAUUGAUGAGGAGCUAUUUGGGACUUCGAGACAUAAAUCACGUGUGGUUGUUGGAAGAAUAGAAGGAUUCUAUGUAGAAAAUAGUGAAGAUAGUGGUGGCCAUAUGAUGGCUACGACAAUGUAUUUUGGUAAGGGUGAGGUCAAGGAUGGACUUAGGCUAUUUGGAGUGUAUAGGAGUGAUCACGUGAAGGAGUCUCAUGUUGCUAUAAUUGGUGGCCUUGGCAAGUACCUUGGUGCUAAUGGUUAUGCAACUUUGAAGAAAUCAUUUAGAACAAAGUUUGGAGCCAAUCAUAACAACUUCAUAGAAUUCAACGUUUACUUGAGCAAAUAG